UCUCAUCCAACGGUCGUUUAUUAAUCUCGAAGCCAGCUCUCAAGUAUCCAAACUAUAACCACCGAAGAAGCCCUAGUUUGGCGGGCUGCGGUGAGAUUCCGGCCAGCGCCUCUUCCGAUCAUCGGGCGCCGAUCGAGUUUGAAGCGAAAGAGGAACUCUGUUGUACCUGCUGAUUAUUUGGUACAAUGAGGUUAGAGAAGUGUUGGUUUUGUUCCUCGACGAUCUAUCCAGGGCAUGGCAUUCAAUUUGUUCGCAAUGAUGCAAAGAUUUUCAGGUUUUGCAGAUCUAAAUGCCAUAAGAACUUCAAAAUGAAGAGAAAUCCUCGCAAGGUCAAAUGGACUAAGGCAUAUAGGAGAUUGCAUGGGAAGGAUAUGACACAGGACUCAACCUUCGAGUUUGAAAGAAAGCGCAAUAGGCCUGAGAGGUAUGAUAGGAAUGUUACAGAGAACACCCUGAAGGCCAUUAAGAAGAUUGACAAGGUUAGAGUUGCAAGAGAGGCCAGGCAUCAUGCUAUGAGGAUGAAGGGUAAGAAAGCCAUUGAGCAGAGGGCAGCAGCCAAGGAGUUGGAACAGAGCAUUCAUAUGGUCAAGGCACCUAUUGCCCUUCAACAAGAGCCAUCUCUCACCCUUCCAAAGAUCAAGGUCAAAGUUUCUCAAUCACAAGCAGAGGAUAACAUGGAAGAAUGAUGGGAGUAUUUACAUGUUUGAUUUUACCAUCAUCGACCAAACUUAAACAUCUAUGUGAUUGAUAGAGUUUUUCAAUGUUUGUUUUUACUGUCAUUGACCAAACUUAAAAUUCUAUGUUAUUGACGGAGUUUACCAUGGUUGUUUUUACUGUCCAUGUGGUACAGAAUAAUAACCUGACCUUUUGGUUGCGAUGUUUACUGUUCACUCAA